AGCUCCACCGUGAACAGCACCUGCGGCCCGGAGUCCAGCUGUACGUGCCAGGCCGGCUUCUGGAACUAUCGCAACCAGGAGUGCCGUCCCGAGGUGGUUCUCGGAGGCGGCUGCCUGUACCAGGAGGACUGCAGCUCACAUAACCCGGUGACCGUGUGUGAGGAGGGCCUCUGCUCCUGCCCGUCCGUCACCGUCGACAACACCACGUAUCGGCUCGCCGGCGGGCCGGACGUCUGCUCCGAGGGCCGGGUGGAGCUGCGCGCCGCCGCCGCCGCCGCCGGCUGGCACCACGUCUGUGACGACUUCUGGGAGACGGAGGACGCCACGGUGCUCUGCCGUUCGCUCGGCUUCAGUGUGGGGACGGCAGUCUGCUGCAGCCUGUUCGGGUUCGCCGGCACCGGCGCCCUCUACGCCAUGGACGACGUGGCCUGCCUGGGAGCCGAGCCGAGCCUGAUGGCCUGCGCACACCUCAGCCAGCACAACUGCGACGACACUGAGGUGGCAGCGGUCCGCUGCGCCUGAGCGCCGAGUCAAACAGCAGUCCGCUGCGCCUGAGCGCCGUCACCGAGCACUGCGCCUGAUCACCGAGUCACACAGCGGUCCGCUGCGCCUGAUCACCGAGCGCUGCGCCUGAGGGCCGGCCGAAGCUGGGGUCGGAGCGGGGAGUGGGGACGGGGCGCGGAGCCGGUCCGCAGCGAUGCACUGGUUUCCGGAGCACCGCACGGAGUGACGGUCGGAGGUCCAUGACCCCGCGUAGAAACUUGCCCUCUGUAGACUGCGGUAUCGCGCCCCAAGGCACAUAUCCGUACCAUACUGCGCUCACCGUUUCUUAGCAUUAUUUUUUGUUUUCAUAUUAUGAAGAAAUCACGCACGGAUUUUAUCAUGUAGCUAAUGCCAAAUUAUUUCACUUAACUUUAACCUUAGGCCAACACUCAAAUUACGUCGUUUGCAGCAAAGACGUGUAUCACUCGACACGGCUGGACAAUGGACGUGACGAACGUGACGAUACAAACAUCUUCGCACCCCAAACUUUUCAGCCGAAAUAAAUGAGAAAAACAAAAC